GCAGAAGAGAUGAGAGGAAAAGGGGAGCGGGGUGGUGAAUACGAAAGGGGGGGGGGUGGAAACCAGAGGAGAUAACUGAAUGACCCAAAAUAGAGAAGUAUCAAAGCCCAGGCAUAGGUAGUCUUUGCGUCCGACAUCGCUAGCAAUCUUCAAACUAUGACAGCAAACGUUAUCUUCCAUUAUUCCAAUCGACUUGGACACCAAGGAACGAUUCAUAUAGGCAUUGAGAAGGUCAUUUUUGUUAUCUACUAAGCUCUGCUUAUGCAAACCAUUGUUCGACAUUGCUAAAGGUGAGAAGUGACAUUUUGCGAAAAUUGAUAUUCACUAUAUCAGAUAUCGAGCCAAACCUCAAGUCAUAUCCCCAAGCUUCCAAUCUCGUUGCCUUCUUCCUCUUCCAAUAUACAAUCAAGGUAUCAGAAUAGCUUCAAUAUGACGAGAGCAACUAAAUACGUGCACGAUUUGUUGAAUAAUUGGGCUCGCACUGUCGUGCUGAACGAUCCCUCACCAGACGAGGAUAGUUUUGGCGCUUCCCUAGAAUUUAUGACGGCAGAGUACGAGAAAGGUCGAAUUGCUAAGACUGGACGUGGAUUUAGAAAUAUGCAAAAUAGCUAUUGA